CUCAUUUGCAUAAGGACGCUAGCGGGUGGUACAGGCUUCUGAACGGGAACGUUGGGCGCCAACGUCACUUUGCCGUGAAAAAACAAAUCGAUUUGAACAACUCGACUAUCGUACCGACAGAUCCAGACAUGGAGGAGGAUCUGGUUGUCGUGGAUGACAGCGACUUGGACAAUGGAAUUAGUGAUGAACGUGAUCGUGUAACAUCAGAGAUAUCGUCUAGUCCGUCACCAUCUUCUGCUGCGUUGCCGAAGAUUAUUGGAUCGGACAUUCGCCACACUGCCGUACGUUGUGUGCCUGUGGAAGUCGAACCGAAAGGCAAAACGCCGUACACUACAUCGGUCAAUCUCAAGAGAGGUCCUAAAGGCUACGGUUUCUCUGUGACGUGGACCCAUCCGCCGAGGAUCGAGCGAGUUGAGCCUGGAUUAGCAGCUGACUUGGCCGGCAUGCGCGUCGCCGACUAUAUCGUCUUCGUCGGUAGCCACAACGUUGUUAAAAUGGACGAAGAGCAAGUUCUUCAAUUAAUUCAAGCGGCAGGUGAUACCUUGACAUUGGAGAUUUAUCGGAAAAGCGGCAACAAACCGUCGUCGGGGUGCGUCACUUCCGAUCAACUGACCACUGCCGAGCUGCGUUCAGACUUUCAACAACGGCAACCCAAAAGCCCGGUAAAUCAAACACACAGUAUAUUGGCGAAUGCGGCUCGAAAACCGCCAGCCGUUUCGCACCAUCAGCCACCGUCGGCUGUUGCUGCGACGCCGGCUGUUGCUAGCGCUGCAACUAAUAGUCGUCGCCAAGUAGUUGAAAAUGUCAGUCAUAAUGGCAAUCCCGGUCACGUGUCCUGGUAUCCUACUCUUAUUGGUAGCAACACUUUGGCACCUAGUGCUCCGCUUGGAAUUCAUAUUUCCAAUGCGCCACCGCUCAAAGUGGCUUUCAAUAAAUCUAUUGGCGGCGGCGUUCUCGUCUGAGAUGCCACCUUCUUUAUUCAUGACGCAAUGUUCUUCAUGCCCUUUCUUUCAAUUGAUUUAGAUUUUUGUUUUCCCCCCACAUUCUGCAUAUAGCUGCUUGUUUUUAUUUUGAUUGUGUUUCUGUUUACCGUCGUCGAAAGCCUCCACUGUAUAAAAAUAGUAGUUCACCACUUCCACUUCCGACUGUAUGUAUUUUUGUAUUGAGUCUUGGCUUUUCUCACGCGGAUCGCGUUCCCUCAUGCAAAUUAUGCCGUGUAUAAUAGAUGCCGCUUUUAUGUAAACUGCCGUACCAUGUAAAUAAAAGUACAUCCCACA